ACUUUAAAAGGAAUGUUAAUGGACGUAACAGAUGCUUGUGUUUUUAACGUAUUCUAUGAGUAAGAUAGAGACAGGGUGGAGAAAGACAGACGACCAUACUGCGUGCUUAUCUGUGAAGAACGUCUAGGCAGUCCGUUUUAGUAGGACGUUGUCUUUCACUGAGUAGUUUAAAACCAUGACCGAAUACCUUUACAAGGAAUACAAGGGGGUAUACCUACCUACAUUAAUUUACCCCCAGGAGAGCCUUAAAUUCUAUGAAGACUUUACAUUCCGUCAGGAUGACAUUCUAAUUGUCACAUAUCCUAAGUCAGGUACGACGUGGAUGCAGGAGAUAGUUCCCUUGGUUCAGAGUGGAGGGGACCUGAGCCCAGUGCUGACGGUCCCUAACUGGGACAGAGUUCCCUGGCUAGAGGAAUCAAGGGCACGCACACUCAACCUAGAACAGCGGGAAUCUCCACGCCUGUUUGCCACCCACUACCAAUACGACAUGAUGCCUACAUCUUUCUUCACUGUUAAACCUAAGGUUAUCUAUUUGAUGAGAAACCCUAAAGAUGUGUUUAUAUCGUCCUACUACUACCAUGGCAUGGCUGCCUUCCUAGUUAAUCCGGGUACUCAGGAGGAAUUCCUGCAGAAAUUCAUCAAUGGGGAAGUGAUAUAUGGUUCCUGGUUUGACCAUGUGAAGGGCUGGUUGAAUGCUAAGGACCAGGACUGUAUAAUGUACAUAUCCUAUGAGGAAAUGAUAUUGGACCUGAAAGAUUCUGUAUCACGAAUAUCCCAGUUCCUGGGAAAGACACUUGAUAAUGAAGUCAUAGAGAAGAUAGCAGACCAUUGUGUGUUCAAGAACAUGAAACAAAACAAGAUGUCCAACUUCUCCAUGGUUCCCACUGGGUUCAUGGACCAGAAUAAAUCAGAAUUCCUCAGGAAAGGGAUCGCCGGAGACUGGAAGAACCAUUUCACUGUGGCACAGACAGAAUACUUUGAUGCAGCCUACAAUGACAAAAUGAAGGACAUAAAAUACCCAUUUGUGUGGGAUUAAAUGAACAAUCUCCACAGUCAUUAUACCUUAAAUCAUAUAUUUCCAAUAGAAAUAAAUAAACAUACGUAUAUAGUUAAGACACAAUGUAAAACAUUUAUUUGUAUGAUUAAAUGUGUUAACCUUCUUUGAAAUGAUGUAUUUUAUGCCUAUAAUUGUCAGAGUUGCUGAGUAUGGACUUGUUUCUACAACUCUUGAUGUUAUAUUCUCAAUGGUUGUAUUCUGUUAUGUAAUUGUUAUUUUGUUGAGCAAUUAUGUAUUGAAGUCUAUUGCAAGUGCACAAGUCAUAUAAUGAUUCACAGUAAAUUGAGC